GGCGGAGACUGACCUUACUCGUAGUAGUGACCUGAGUGAUUGACUUGAGUGACUGGCCUGAGUGAUUGACUGGGAAAUUUAUUUGGCUUCUGCUUAGAAACCCUACCCUUCCCUUAUCUUCUUCUUCUCCCAACAACACACUCACACUCACACUCACACUCACACUCACACUCACACACUCUCUCUCAUACUACAUAAACACAACUCCUUCCCUCCUCCCCUCCUCCCCUCCUCCCCUCCCCCCACUUCGACAAUUCAACAUUCGUCUUUUCUACUCCGUACACCCCUCUCUUCAUUCUCCCCUACCUCCCGAUCACACACCGCACACACCUCUUCUUCCCCUCUACCGCUCAGUCGUGAUCCAACCCCACCAUGGCCCCACGUACCCUCCUCCUCGCGCCGCCUUCCAUAUCCGCACAUCCAGAAGUCCUCGACAGAGUAUACGAGAGCCAUGAUCGCUCCUCCACCGACCUGCAGAUGCUCGACCGUAUCGCCGCCGACCUAGUCCAGCUCCCCGCCUCCACAUACGACUCCGUCCUCCUCCUCACAGACGCCGACGGUACCACCCGCGAGAGCCACAAACUAUUGGGUCGCCAUGUCAUGCCCAAGGUCGCAGCUGCCCUCAAGCCUGGCGGUAUCCUCAAGAGCCAGGAUGGCGUCUUUGGGGUCACCGACGGCGCCGAGAAGACCGAGGCCAUCCUCGCCGGACUGAUUGCCGGCAUUGAGGGCAUGAUGAAGCCUGAGGAGGUCGAGAGUGUGAUGAUCCCAUUGAAAUUUGGAAGGAAGAAGAAGGAAGCGAUCGGUAUCCUGAAUGGAGCCACGAACGGUUCCUCCAACGGCAAUGGUGCAGUCAAAGAGGUCAAUGGCACAAAUGGCUCCAACGGAUCGCACACGGUAAACCCAGAUGGCUCAGUGCCAUUGAGGUUGAAUGCGAAGCCUUUGAACUCAAAUGGGAAGCGCAAGUCUCCCGAGGUCUCCAGGCCCGUCCAGCCCUAUGCUGUCGGUUUCGUCGACUUCAGCGACGACCUAGACGAUCCCAUCAUCACCGGCGAAGAUGAUGAUUUGAUCGACGAGGAUGACUUGCUCACCGAGGAGGACAAAUUGGGCGGCAUCGUACAGCCCCCCGAGUGUCGCCCCAAGGCAGGAAAGCGCAGACGUGCGUGCAAGGACUGCACCUGCGGCCUGAAGGAAAAGAUCGAAGCCGAAGACGCCGAGAAGCGCACCGCCGCGGACACCGCCCUCAAUACGCUGAAGCUGGGCGAGGAUGACCUGGCCGAGGUCGACUUCACAGUGCAAGGGAAGGUGGGGAGCUGCGGCAAUUGCGCACUCGGAGACGCGUUCCGCUGCGACGGCUGCCCUUACAUCGGACUGCCAGCGUUCAAGCCCGGCGAGGAAGUCAGGCUCUUGAACAACGACAUCCAGCUAUAGAGACCACGAUGACGACUCUUUCUCUCACUUCUCCUUGUUUGCAAAUACCUUUUUCUUUAACGAACACAUCAUUCCAUCUGGAUUGGAGCAUAGGUCAAGACGGUGGCAUGAUAUCAUCAUCAUUAUUAGGUCGGUCGGUCUGGAUACUUCAAGAUUGCAUGGGUCACUGGCGCAAGGUGUUCUCGAUUUUUCUUCUUCUCAACACCAACAUCUGGACAUAAACGGGGUAAGGGGGUUCUUCCCCCUCCAUUGUUUUGAGGUUCACCGAGUACUUUUCAGGCGAUAUCGAAACCCGGUAAAUAGUCUUUGUUCCAAAAGCAAUGUACUCACAAUGCGAGGUAUAUAUAUAUAUAUGUAAUACCCUCUUCCAAAAUUCCACUAC